CAACUAUACACCACCAACAUAAAGACAACUAGCUCGUGUACAUUCUCCUCGCAGCAGGUUUACCUCGAUCUUAUCACCCCUCGUUACAACUCUUUCGCAAACACCCUCGUCGAGACUCGCCGGCAUGCCCGAGGCCUCCUCCUCGACCGCACCGUACACACGGAUCUACACCGUCAACGGUCCAUCUACCACCUCUUCCUCCUCCCUGCCCACAUGGAUCACGACAAAAGCCCGGACAAAAGGAGGUCCCAAUAAGAAAAGAUCACGGACUCAACACUCCUUGGGUCAACUCGAGCUCAUCCAGGACUUUGCCUUUCCCCAAUCGGCCAUCAAGAUCAAGCUCACGGACGAUGGACAACAUGCCGUAGGCACGGGGACGUAUAAACCGAUGAUGAAGGUUUGGGAUCUGAAUCAGUUGACGGUCAAGUUUGAACGGGUGACGGAUGCGGAGAAUGUGGAUUUCGUCAUGCUCUCGCAAGACUGGACGAAGAGCUUGCAUUUGCAGGCCGAUCGGUCGCUGCAAUUACACACGCAGGGAGGAUUGCAUCAUACCGUCCGGCUACCGACGUACGGUCGUGCGUUGACGUACCACUCGCCUUCAUGUGAAGCGCUUGUAGCGGCCACGGGCAAGGAAGUCUUUCGAUUCAACCUCGACGAAGGGAGGUACAUGAUGCCCCUCGUCGUCGGUGGCGGUAGCAAGAAAUCCACGGGCGCAGAGGAUAUCGACGGGGUCAACUGUAUCGACGUCGACAAGAACCACGGGCUGUGGUCGUUCGGGCUCGAUGGAGCCAAGAAGGGUCACGUCGAGUUUUGGGAUCCGAGGUCGAGGACGGCGUUGACAUCGCUUCACCUGCCUACGUCGAGCUUGAAACCUACCGCCACCGCCUCUCCCUACCUCAGUAUCACCGCCUUGCAAUCACACCCUACCGACGGGCUCUCCCUCGCCGUCGGAACCAGUACGGGCCAUACCCUGCUUUACGAUCUCCGAAGUCCGAGACCCUUUGCUGUCAAGGACCAAGGAUACGGCGAGGCGGUCAAGAACGUCUCUUGGUUGACGAGCGCGGAUGGGAGCACGAGCAAGAUUUCGAGUGCCGACUCCAAGGUGAUCAAGGUCUGGGAGAAGUCGUCUGCGGGAGAAAACCUGUUUUCCCUUCAACCUCACGCUCCGUUAUUGAACCUCUGUCCUCUGCCCGGAUCGGGUAUCCUGCUGGCCGCACUCGAUUCGCCUCAGAUGUCGGCUUACUACGUCCCCGAACUCGGACCCGCACCGAGAUGGGCGAGCUUCUUGGACGGGGUCACCGAGGAACUUGAAGACGACGUCGACGGCGUCAACGGGGGUGGCAAGGGCGCCUACCGGGACUAUAAAUUCGUCGACCGUGCCGAACUCGACACCCUCGGAUUGUCCCAUCUCGUCGGGACGUCUACACUCAAACCUUAUAUGCACGGAUACUUCCUCUCGCUCAAGCUGUAUACGACCGCUCGACUGUUGUCCAACCCUUCGAGCUAUACCGAGCAUCGGGAAAAGGUCGUGGAGAGCAAGAUUGCGGCUCAACAGGAAUCGAGGAUCAGGGCGAGGAAGCAGCAGCCAAAGGUCAACAAGGCCCUCGCCGAGCGGGUCAGGAAGCAGGAAGAGAGGGAAGAAGCCAAGGAGAGGAGGAGGAGAGAGAGGAAGGGGCUCGUCGAUGGGGAUCUCGAAGAAGAGGAGGACGAGGACGAGGUGGACGAAGGCGAGACGGAUGGGAAGAAGAAGAAAAAGUCCGCGUCGACGACCAACAUCCUGCAAGAUCCGCGAUUCGCCGAGUUGUGGGAGAAUCCGGAUUUCGAGGUCGACGAGCAGAGUCGGGAGUACGAGUUGCUCAACCCCGGAUCGGUACAUGCGGCCAAACGACAAAAGACGGCAGUCGAGGAAGAAGAGGAGGAGAGCGACAGGGCGUCUUCGGAUGGCUUGUCUCAUUCCGAUGAUGACAGCGACGAGGCCGACGACAAGGAUGGAGAUGAGAGUCAGGACAGUGACGAAGAAGGAGAGCUGCGACCCCGCAACUUUAGCUGGGUCGACAAGGAAGAAUACGUUCAGAGGCAAAAGGCCCUGUCGAAGCCGCGUAUGGUGGCAGGUGGAGGGGAUGACGAGGAUGAGGAUGGUCGUUCACGGGUCGGACGAGGGUCGACGUUCGGACAACGUCUCAAGCGAGGCGAUCGGGAUGCAGCGGCCGGGUCGAGCAAGGGGAAAUCGAGAGAUGAUGGGAUCCUCACCGCUCGAAGGACGAAAGACGGGGGGAUGGAGAUGUCUUUCGUGCCACAAGCCAGCGGGGGACGAGGCGAGGACGAUCUCAACGUCGACUAUGUGCCACAGAAGAAGGAGGCUGCCGACGAUGGCAAGAAGUCCGGCGACAAGCGUGUCGAGAGGUUCGCCGCCGGAUUGGAGAAGGGUGGUUACCGGGGCAGCGCAGACGGGAACCGCGAGGUCACCGAAGACGAACGCAAGGGACGAUCGAGCAGGCGACAUCCGGGAAGGAGCGCAUCGAAGAACGUGUUCAGGGGGUUGUAGAUGGAGUUGCGACCACUCACUCCGUUUGUAUGGGCGUCUGGUACGAGCUUUUGCUUCAAUGCCAUUAUCAUGCGUAAUAUCAUACCAUGUACAGCUUUACCUUGGGCGAUCGGCCAACAAGACUCCGACCUUUGUGUAUGUUGAGAAGUCCUCUCUGCCGUCACACGAUGAUGGUUCUGGUUGU